AUGUCCGCUCCUCAGAACCUCUUCCCAAACUUUGAUGAUAACAAGACAAUCUUUGUCUCAAGUUUGAGCAAAAACGUGACUGAAUCUCUGUUGUACAAAGAGAUCAGUGCCAAGUUUGAGUCGCAGGUUGCUUCAGUCCACGUCAGCCGUAACGAGCAUUACGACACUGCUAUUGCUUAUGUCAAUAUGAACACCCACGAAGCAGCCAAGAAAGCGAUAGAGACGAUGAACGGGGCAUUGAUUGAUGGGAAGACAGUCAACAUGUUUUGGUCGUUGAAAGAUUUCAAGCAAAGAACAGAGACACAGACCAAUUUGUUUGUCAAAAACAUCAAGAAGACUGUCAGUCAGAAAGAGAUGCAAGACGUCUUUAUGACUUUUGGUGAAAUCAUUUCAGUUAAGUUGUCUGUCAAUGAGAAUGGUGCAUCAAAUGGAUUUGGAUAUGUCAAGUACAGAACUAUUGAAGCUGCACUUAAGGCUGUUGAAAAUGCUGCUGAAAUCAAGGCAAAAAUUGGGGAGGACAAUUUCAUCGUUGCAAAGUUUGAAAAACAGACGAAGAACAAGAAGACCAACUUGUACGUCUCAAACAUCGAUAAGAGCGUCAAUGAAGAACAAUUCGUUAAAUACUUCGAAACGUUCGGACCACUCAGAAAGAAUCCUGACAAUAAAUUCCAAGUCUUGUUUGCAUGUGAUGACAAACACCCAACUGCCAUGGGAUUUGUUGAUUUUGAGAAUGAAGAAGAUGCUCAGAAGGCUUUAACUGCUCCAAAGAACAACGUCCUUGGGCAGGGUGAAAUUAAGGUUGACUAUUAUAUGAGCCGAAGUGAGAGGUCAAGAGUUUGGUUACAAAAGAGUCUUGAAAUUAAGAGCAAUAUUCAAGGAAAGUACAAAGAUUUCAAUAUGUACAUUAACACUUUGAAAGAACCAACUUCUGAUGCCGAGAUCAGAAGCGCUUUUGCCGAUUGUGGUGAGAUUUACUCUGUUCGUGUCAAGUAUUAUGAAAAGGUCCCAACUAGUAUUGCUUUUGUUUGCUUCACUUCACAAGAAGCUUUUAAUAAGGCGAUGACCAAAGGUGAAGAGCUUGGAUGGAAAGUCUGCAAGUUCAUGAACAGACAAGAGAAGUUUAUGACCAACCAGAUGUACCAAAUGGGCAAUGCAUUCCCAUUGAAUUACAUGACUCCAUUGUUCCAGAUGUUUGGUGCCCAAAUGGGUGCUUUCUUCCAGCAACAACAACAACAACAGAGACGACCAGUUGGACCCAAGAAGCCAAGAGUUGAGAGAUCAGAGAAGAUUGAAAAGAAGAAGUAUGAACAAAAGAAAGAAGAGAAAAAGCCGGAGCCAAAGAAGGAAAUUGAAGUCACUGAUAAUAUGAGAAAUGAUCUUGGAGAGAAGAUUUAUACAUUUGUCGAGAAUUUGAAGAAGUACGACGAAGAGAUGAUUGGAAGAAUUACUGGUAUUCUUCUCGAAUCAAUUGAAUACUCCGUCUUACUCCCAAUGAUGGACGACCACGAACAACUCAUCAAAGUUAUCGAACAAAUUCAUGAAUCAGUUACAAAGAAAUAA